AUGUCGCACGGCGUCAUAGGCAGAAUGAAGCAUUCUAGCAGAUUCAACAGCAACGGCAGCAGCAGCGGCGGCGGCGGCGGCGGCGGUGGCGGCGGAACCACGACCACGCAGAGCGACGCGACUCCGUGGGCGCUCCGGGUGCUGGUGGGCGCCGCGACUGCCGCUCUCGACCUAUUCACACCGCGGACAUACCCCGUAACCGACCCACAAGCACAAGAACCUAGCAGCAGCAGCAGCAGCAGCAGCAGCAGCAGCAGCAGCAGCAGCAGCAGGAGCAGCACCGGUUCUACUAGUAGUAAUGCCACUGCUGCGACUGCUGAGAAUGCAGCCACGCGGAGCAGUGAGGCAGCAAGUGCGGAGGGGUCGAUCACUGGGGUGCUGCCGGAACUAGUGGAGGCCAUUCGAGAGGACUACGAGCAGCGAGCGUAUUUUGUUACAGGCAACAUCUCUUCUCAGUUCUACGACUCCCAGUGCCUCUUUGCCGACCCCACGAUUCGGUUCUCGGGCCUUGAUCGCUGGCAGCGCAACAUUGCACUGCUCACUCGCUUCUUCUCCGCUCCGACUAUUGACCUGCACGACCUGCAAGUGCGUGGGAGCAUGAGAGGGCGUGGGAGCAUGAGAGCAGGUUUUCCCCGCAACACCCUCGUCCGCAGCUCGCCUGGAGACCCGAUGGCGCCUGCUCACGCCCAUCAACCUGCCAUGGCGGCCAGUGGUGGAUGUCAGAGGGUCCACAGUACACACACUCAAUGCUGCUGGCACCAAGGUAGUGUCGCACGUGGAGGCAUGGGAGGUGUCUGCUUUCGAUGCCAUCACGCAGCUCUUCACACGCGGCCCUCCUGGCCCUCCCAGCCCUCCCGGCCGUACCGAGUUUCCCAGCGCUCCUGGCGAUCCCGGCUCUCCUUAGGGUGGUUGCUGCAUCUUUUCCACAAAUUCUCCUGA